AUGGUGAAUGCAGCAAGUGGUGGAGGGCUAGUGAAUAAGACUCCAGGAGAUGCAACUAGGUUGAUUGCAGAGCUAGCAGAAAAUUCUAGGCAAUUCAGUCAGAGAACUCCCACGCGCCGGGUGAAUUUAGCAAAUUCGAAUACAACUGAGUUAGAGAGUCAAGUAGCUGAUUUGACUUCUAUGAUGCGUGAGUUCAUGGUGAACUCAAGGAAUCCACAGCAACUGAAUGCUUGUGGUUUAUGCACCUCCAUGGGACAUCCCACUGAUGCAUGUCCUCAAUUACAAGAGGAGCAGAAUGAGCAGGCCAACGCCUUAGGUUUUCAAGGGCAAGGUCCGCAGAGAAGAUAUGAUCCCUUUUCAAAUACCUACAACCCAGGAUGGAGAGAUCAUCCAAAUUUGAGAUAUGGGAAUUCCCAAGGAAACCAACAACAUCAGCAUGCUCAAGGUCAACAACAGUUUCAGCAAUAUAGGGCACCGUUCCUAACACCUCAAGGCCAAAGCUCUAAUUCAGGUAAUAUGUCAACUGAAGAAAUGAUUAGAUCACUAACUUCUAAUGUUUCUACCAUGCAGCAGAAUAUGAUGCAGUUUCAACAAGAAACCAGAUCAAGUAUUCAAAACCUGGAAAAUCAAGUCAGUCAAAUCUCAAGUGCAGUAAGCCGACUUGAAGCUAAGGACUCUGGAAAGCUUCCAUCCCAAACGGAGCUGAACCCUAAGCAACAAGCUAAUGCAAUAACAUUGAGAAGUGGCAAAAAGUUGCAAGAAACUGUAGUUGCACCUAAGAAGGCUAAAGACUUGAUUGGAGUUGAAGAGGAGGAAGUAGAACAAGAAACUAAGGCGAAUCCGCCAACCUUUACCUCUUAUGAGCCUGUGCCACCUUUCCCAGAAGCCUUGCAAGAUACUCGAAGGUAUGAGAAAGACAAGGAUAUUUAUGAGACUUUCAGCAAAUGUGAGAAACUCCCAGAAAAAUGUGGUGAUCCUGGUAUGUUUACUAUUCCUGUUACAAUAGGAGACACCACAUUACACCGAGCCAUGUUGGACCUAGGUGCAUCAAUCAAUGUCAUUCCCUACUCCCUGUUUAAAUCUUUAGAACUUGGGCCUUUGCAUGAAACUGGGGUAGUAAUUCAGUUAGCUGAUAGGUCCAAUGUAUAUCCUAAGGGGGUAGUAGAAGAUGUACUUAUUAAGGUUGAUGGAUUGAUCUUUCCUGCUGACUUUUACGUCCUUGACAUGGAAAUGACAAACAAGCAGCCCCCAUCCUGUUAG